CACGGUUCCAAGCUGUCGCAUCAAGCAGAGGUCCAGAGCCAGACCCCCCCCUUCCAUCCAGUGUCGAAACGCCGAAGAAGACAGCGCUCACGUCCGCGGCCUCGCCUCGGCACCCCGUGGUGAGUCUUCGGGAGCGGCCUCGGCAAACCACGGCCAUGGCCUGCCCAGUGCCAUCGGGGCGCAGCCGGCGGCAGCAGCGGACCGCAGGCCGGGCAGCGGCCCCCAGAUGCCCCCAAGAGGCAGGCUCCGGGAGGGCCCCGAGCGGGCCCACGAGGGCCCAAACAGGGCCUCGGGAUAGCUUCUCAAAGCUGGAGCUACUUUCGAUCGACGAAGGAAGAAGCCAUAAACAUAAACUUGUGGUGCUCCGCGCGGAUUUCUUGGAUCCGCGCUGGGCCCCCCUGGCGGCGCUUCCGGCGCCGCCCCUGGCGCGCUCCGCGCGCAUGGGGGGGGGUCCAGCGCAGAUCCAAGAAGUCCGCGCGGAGCUCGAAAAGUUUGUGCUUAUGCUUUUUGUUUUUUCUAAGUUUGACCCUCCGCAGCCAUUCUGACUCAAGCUGGUCUGGGCCGAGCCGCGCGCGACUCCACGGACAAUGAGCCUUCAGGGGUCCCUGGCGCCGGUGGCGGCCAAGCUGCCGAACGGCUUGACCUCCAAGAACACCUUCCUGGACCAUCCGUCGCCCUGGAUCGACUACGUCACCGUGGGAGACCGCCCCAAGUCGGAUCCCACCUCUGACGCAACAUCGUCCUCAACGGCGGAGGUGGCAAGCAGCGGAGGGAACUCCUGGGUGGGAGAAUUCGGGGGAGGCCGUCUGCCGAAGGAGGAGGACGCCAAGCAGCAGGCUGGCAGGAGCUCGGAGAAGUGUGGGACCGACAGCUCGGAUGGUUCGCGCAUGUCCUUAAAGCCUCAGUCGAUCGGCAGGUCACAGCGGCGUCGCAUGCAGCGGAAGGCCAUGGAAGUUUAUUGGGGGACACAGGGCGCCCAUUCCGCUGCAGAGCACACCGCGGCUCGGACGCCAUGCGAAGUGGCGCCAGCACCAAGAUCUCUCUGUGAUUGCCCUUGGAGCGGCUAGGGUCCCAGUAGACCGCGGCAGGCUCUCUGGCCAAGCGCUGGUUCAGGGGCGGCGGGAGGACUGGAAAGGAGGG